AUGGAGAGCGAGCCUUCGUUGGACGAGGGGGAGGAGCCCUCCGAGCCCUCGGAGGCAUCUACUCGGCGGUCGAGCGCACCACGUGUGAUUACCGUGCCGCUGCUGUUCCGCCGUCUGCUGGACCGGUCGACAGGUUAUACCAAUGAUUCGCUGGUAUCGCACUUGGUCGAAAGCGGGGCCAUUGUGCAGUCGCACAUUGAGGCAGCAUUUCGUGCAGUGGACCGUGGGAAGUUCUUGCCGAACCUUGAGGAGGGCACAUCCGAGGUGUACGAUGACGCCCCUGUCAGAUUUGGGCACUUUCACAUGUCUCAGCCCUCUUUGUACGCAGAAGCCGUGGCGAACCUGGAUCUUUCACCGGGUCUCUCCUUCCUGAACGUGGGCUCAGGGACCGGCUACCUGUCAUCGAUCGUCUCCGAGAUCACAGGUCCUGCCCUCCACCACGGUGUAGACUUGUACUCGGAUCUGCUGGACCAUGCGCAGGACAUGCUUCGCGUGCAGAACAAGGAGUACAUUCAGUUUUUCGAGGUCAAUGCGCACGACCUGGACUUGGUCAUGUGCCCUCGUUACGACCGAAUGUACCUUGGAGCCUGUGCUGGUGGCCAGUCAAAGCGCUUGUUGGCACUGCUACAGGUUGGUGGGGUGGCCGUGGGUCCCUUCGAGACAUCCUCCGGCCAGUACAUCCGCCGCGUGCUGCGGACGUCCGAAACCACUUUCGAUGUCAAGAACCUGAAGCAGGUGUCCUUUGGCCGAUUGCUGCCGUCAGAGGAACCGCUGAGAAGGCCGUCAUUCGUGCUGCCGUCACCGCCAUGGACACCAUCCACACAUGCUGCACACAGCAAGGGCUUCCGAAAUGCCGUCCGUGAGGUGCUUCUCAGUACAACCCGAGCCAACUCACCGGCCCACAUCGUGCCUCGGGACAUCUUCGUCAAGCAUGUCUUUGGUUUUAUGCACCCUCGAUGGUUCAGCAGUGCCACGGAGGACCCCUUUCGGGAAAGAUUGGAUGGAGCGGACGAGCAGCCGAUGGACGAUGAGGGGACGUACGACGAAGACUCUGCCAGAUUACAGGUGCUUCGGACGCUGGCCAUGUUCGCGAGGCAGCAAAGAGACCUCGAGGCGCAGGAGAGCGACGAUGCAAUGCGCAAUCGCAUUCAAAGCCUCUUCCGCAUGCUGAAUCCCAACCUCGGCCACAUGGCGCACACUGCCCCUGACUCGGACGAAGAUACAGAGGAGCCGCCUCCUGAGAGAAACCCGAAUCCGAAUGCAGAGGGAGAGUCCAGUGGUGGCUAUCCCACAGCUGGCUGA